AUCAUUGACGUUUCAGCCGCAGAUCAGCAGCAGAUGGAACAGCACGAGUACAUGGACCGGGCCCGGCAGUACAGCACCCGGCUUGCCAUGCUGAGCAGCAGCCUCACGCACUGGAAGAAGCUCCCGCUGCUGCCCUCGCUGACAAACCAGCCACACCAAGUCCUGGCCAGCGACCCCGUGCCCUUCGCGGACCUGCAACAGGUCUCCCGGAUAGCUGCCUACGCCUGCAGUGCCCUGUCCCAGAUCCGUGUGGACGCGAAAGAAGACCUGGUGGUCCAGUUUGGGAUCCCCUGA